AUGGAUAUCGACGCUGGUGACUCCCCGUGGGGCGAUGUUCCCUCGCAGUCUGCCGGCAAUCGAGGUGACUCGAAAUCGGACGCUGAACAGAAUCCCAACUCCUCUCCUCAGUUGUCCCAGCCGACGAGCUCAACUCCCCGUUCCCCCGUUCGACGUGUCCCCCGAGGUACCCGCAAGAUCAGCGCGCAGGCAACGAAAUUAGAGGCGGUUGAUGAUACGUUUGAUCCGCUGGGUCCGCUUGGGGAUAAAGCCGGCGAGAGUACUCCCGCAACCAAUGAGCAAGCUCCCACGCCACCCCAGAAAGAAUCCGCAGGGCAGAAUGCUCGUCCCACCUCGUCUGCAUCUCAGACGCCGAGUGCCUCGGGCAUGAUGAGCUCCAUAGAAGAGGAGGGGCCGCCGUUCAGGGGACCUCCGCCGGUGCAGCCCCCAAGUGAACCGGACGGGUUUAAACGGCAGUCGGAACCUAGCAUCAGCGUCGAAAAAGCCGCCCAUCCGACCUUUGCAAUCACUGUGGGCGAUCCCCACAAGGUGGGAGAUUUGACCAGCAGCCACAUUGUAUACCAAGUGCGAACCAAGACCACAUCCAAAGCAUAUCGUCAGCCCGAGUUUACUGUCAGUCAUCGAUACCGCGACUUUCUAUGGCUUUACAAUUCCAUGCACAACAACAACCCCGGCGUGGUGGUCCCUCCUCCGCCCGAGAAGCAGGCAGUUGGCCGGUUUGACACCAACUUUGUCGAGUCCAGAAGAGCUGCUCUGGAACGGAUGCUGAACAAGAUUGCGGCGCACCCGAUUCUUCAGCAUGACAGUGACCUCAAGAUCUUCUUGGAAAGCGAAAGCUUCACUCUCGAUGUGAAGAACAAGGAGAACCGGGAGCCGGAUCUGGGUCAGAGCAAGGGCAUGUUUAGCUCAUUCGGCAUCAGCGUCGGCGGAGGGGGCAAAUUCGUUGAGCAUGACGAUUGGUUCCAUGAUCGCAAGAUUUACCUGGAUGCGCUGGAGAAUCAGCUCAAGGCACUAAUGAAGGCGAUCGACACCGUGGCUGCUCAGCGGAAAGGAUUAGCAGAAGCUGCAGGGGAUUUUUCAGCUUCUCUCCAUUCCUUGGCGGCCGUCGAGCUGUCCCCUGCGUUGUCCAGUCCGCUGGAUGGGCUGUCAGACCUGCAGCUGCGCAUCAGAGAGCUGUAUGAGCGCCAGGCGCAGCAGGACGUCCUCACCCUGGGUAUCACCAUAGAUGAGUAUCUGCGCCUGAUCGGCAGCAUCAAAACCGCUUUCUCUCAGCGACAGAAGGCCUUCCACAGCUGGCACACUGCCGAGUCGGAAAUGCAGAAACGCAAAAACACCCAGGAAAAGCUCCUCCGGCAGGGCAAGACGCAACAAGACCGCUUAAACCAGGUUAACGCAGACGUGGCCGAUGCCGAGCGAAAGGUUCACCAGGCCCGGCUGCUGUUCGAGGAUAUGGGACGAUUGAUGCGGAAUGAGCUGCAGAGGUUUGAGAAGGAGAAGGUGGAAGACUUCAAGUCCGGGGUGGAAACCUUCCUGGAGAGUGCUGUAGAAGCGCAGAAGGAGUUGAUCGAGCUGUGGGAAACAUUCCUCUUGCAACUGGAUGCGGGCGAAGAGGGCAAUCCUUUCUAUGCAACUCCUGCUCCUGCCGGGCCAGCAGCAGACGGAAACCCUGAGACCCCUCCCCCGACGGCCGCCGAGGAGCAGGCGUAG